AUGGCGUUGAACCACUCAUGUCUGCCAAAUGUUGCGCCCAGUUUCGAUCCGCGGACGAGAACGCUGGCCUUCCACGCUAUUACUGAAAUUCCGCGUGGACAUGCUGUGGAGUGCGCUUAUGUUGACCUCCUGCAGACGAGAAAGCGGCGGCAGUCACUGCUUGCAGCUGGGUUUGGAUUCGAUUGUAUUUGUGGACGCUCUCUGGUGAUGGAGCAACUAAUGCGAGUGGUAAAUACGAAGGACCGAGGCGCGAAGCAGCGCGUCGCUCGUCUCAAGAAGGAGCAUGAAAAUGUCUUCAACCGGAGCGACGAAGCUCAAUUCGCCCUUUACACCGCUGAGAUGCAGCUUGCGCGCACUCAAGGCGACUGGGUCCAUGUUGUCGAGGCUGCGGAAAGGUUGUUGAAGAUAUGGGCACGAUCGGAACUACCUGCCAACUAUCACACCACCGAGACGUUGCAUCUACAGCUUUGUCUGGCUGCCAAGCAAGCUGGAAUGAUGACUGAGAAGGCUCGAGCUUCAGCCCAGCAAGUAGCAACAAUUCGCCGGAUAUGUGGAUAUCCACACCCUGAAACCCCCAUCGGUUAA